AUGGCGUGCGGCAACCUUCCGGAGGGGCAGGGCACAGAGAAUGAGGAGCAGGUCAACAUGCCUCGCCGCAGACAGGUCCGCCGUGUGGACAAAUCAAUCUGUCAGAAAUGUCAGCAAGUAAGGAGUCUGUACAUAUUCCGCAACAUCACAUACUGCAAGCCGUGUCUGGAAGCAGCAAUCUUCGCCCGAAUCACCAAAUCGCUUCAUCCGCCUCUGAAACCCCAAAGAUCGACAAGCCGUUUGGCGGCUACGAGCGGACACCGGCCCCCACCCCAGUCAGGAGCGGCACUCGUCUGUCUAUCUUCCGGCUGCGGAAGCACCACCAUGCUCGAUCUCUUGCUUUCCAAACAAUACAUCGGCAAAGGCGCCGGUCUCCCCAUCGACCGGACCAAAGGAGAGAAGGAGCCCAUAUGGAGCAAGGGCUACGUGGUCUAUGUCGAAUUUGGCGGCGCUUUGAACGUCGAAGAGAGAACCAAAGACAUAAGGGAGUGGGUUGAGCAAAGACAAGAGGGGCUCGAGUUUAUCGGCGUGCGAGCAGAGGACGUCUACGAUCCUGCAUUCAGGUCUCGCUUAAGGCAACUGGGUGGGGCUAUCGAUGGAGAAGAGGUGUCCGAUGUGCAGCCUCUUUCAAUCAACCUCAAAGAUUCUGAUCUUCCCCUCUUCCCUGUCGCCUCCAGCGCAUCCACUACCACUCCUCUCGACCAAUUACGCACCCUUCUCGCCUCCCUUCCCCCAGCUUCCCGGCCUCAGAUUCUGUCCCAUAUUCUCUCAUCCCUCAUCACUUCUGUUGCCCAUGCACUGCCCAACAUCUCUCACGUCCUUAUAGGAGAGACAUCCACCAGGCAAGCGCAGAGACUUAUCUCUGGAACAGCAUCGGGUCGAGGAUGGCAAUUGCCUCUGGAACUGUCUGCCGUCCGAACGGAGCCGCCAGUGGCUGGAACAGAUUCGCGAGGGUUUGUCUGGCUGAAGCCUCUCAAGGAUUUGACUACGAAGGAGGCCGCUGUCUACUGCCACAUCAAGGGGCUGAGCCAGUGGACGAGGAACGAUAGGAAGUGGGAGGUGGCCGGGCCAGUUGGGAAGAGAGAUGCUAGAGGGAAGGGUGGUGCGGCUAGUCUCGAGAUGCUCACUGAGCAGUUUAUCGCUGGAUUGAGCGUCACCCACCCCUCAACUGUAUCGACCAUCAACCGAACUGGUGACAAGUUGGUAUUCCCCGGCAAAGAAGAGGAACGGCCGCAUUGCCCCGUGUGCCAAUUACCCAUCGACCCCUCAGCCCUCGAAUGGAAAUCUCGCACAGGCCUCACCUCCUUACCCACAAAGUUGAACCCUACGCCCGCCUCUACCCUUUCCACGCCUGAAGCAACACUCGCCCCUCUUCUGUGCUACUCUUGCCUUACGUCGUUCACACCUCCUACGGUAGUCUCCAAAGCUCGGCUGGCAGAGGAGGGAAAUGUAGAGAAUGUGGCGCUCCCGUUGUGGAUCAGGGAGGGAGUGGAAAGGCGGAAUGGCGGAGGAGCGGGUAUGCCAGUGGGGAGGGAGGCGAUGAAAGAGCAGAUCAAGGACUUCUUGAUUGCUGAAUGA